AUGUGGUCAGCUUCAGGUACUUCACAAACUUCUAAUCAAUCAUCCACUUUGGGUAGAAUGGGUGGAACUGGUACUACUGGCCAAUCAGGCGACCAAGGUAUAUCCACAACACAAGGUAGUGAAGGAUCAACAAAGGCUGGUAUGGGUGGUGGCAGUAGUGGACAACACAGUAACACUGGAGGUGGUCCAAGCACUGGUGAAGUGGAAUCGUCCAGUUCAAAGAACAGUUCAAGCAGUGGCAAUGAUUAA